GGCACGACCUAGUUUCUACUCCUGCGUGUCAGCCAGGUACCAAACAUGUCGGACGAUGUGAAACAUACCGGCGGAUGUCAUUGUGGAGCCGUCAGAUUUGAAGUAAUGGCACCAAGGAAAAUUCACGUAUACGAUUGCAACUGUUCCAUCUGUGCUAAGAAACAGAACAAACAUUUCAUUGUUCCGGAGUCGAAAUUUAAACUUCUCCAGGGUGCCGAGAGUAUAACAACGUACACAUUCAACACUCACAAAGCCAAACAUAUGUUUUGCAAAGUGUGCGGAGUCCAGAGCUUCUACAAACCCCGAUCCAAUCCGGACGGGUACGGAGUGUGUCCACACUGUAUAGAUGAUGGUACAAUAGAGGACAUGGUCGUGGAGACGUUUGAUGGUCAGAAUUGGGAGUCGCAUAUCGGCACCACGGACAUCAAGAAAUGGUCGAAGGAGUCAAACGCAUCGAACCAGUAGAAUCAGUUCAGACACCAUUAUAUCAUACAUUC